AUGACGAUCCUCGACGACAAACAAGCGGCGGCACUGGCCCCCUCAGGCCCCUCCACAGCGACCCUUUCUCAAGCAGCAUCAUCAUCAUCAUCACCACCACCCGCGCAACAACAGCAGAAACAACCACCGCGCGAGCUUACCAACGACCCCGCCCGCACCGGUUUCGAUCCGCAGACAAAGUGGUGGAUGAACUACUUCAACAUCCUCACGGGCCGCAUGACAGCCGAGGGCGCCUUCCACUACCGCGAGGCCCGGUACCGCGCCAACGAGGAGCGCGACUGCAAGCGCUGCGAGGAGCACCGCGACUGGCUCCUCGCCUUCUCCCCGACCGUGCGCUUCCUCAACGAGAAGAUCGCCGGCCUCAACGGCACCCUCGACGCGUCCAACAUCCAGUGCCGCCGAUGCCCCGCGCGCCUGACCGAGGACGGCGAGGUCCACCGCCAGUCGGGCGGCUUCAGCCCCGCCCACGGCAUCAUGAUCUGCGCCAACGAGGUCAGGGACCGGAAGCACCUGGAGGACACGCUCUCGCACGAGAUGGUGCACGCGUGGGAUCACCUGCGGUGGAAGGUGGACUGGAUGGGUGAUCUGGAUUUGAAGCAUGCGGCGUGUACAGAGAUUCGAGCAUCUAUGCUCAGUGGCGAGUGCAGGUGGACAAGAGAAGCCUUUACAAGAGGCAACUGGAGUCUGUCUCAGCAGUUCCAGGACUGCGUGCGGAAGCGAGCGAUACAGUCCGUCCUCAACCGACCUAGGUGCAAGGAUGAUGUGCAGGCGACCAAGGUGGUGAACCAGGUCUGGGAGUCCUGCUUCAGCGAUACGCGGCCUUUUGACGAGGUCUACAGGUGA